AUGUUUCUUUCUUCUCAGCAAGUCGGUUGGCUUCUAUUGCCGGUUCUGGCUCAAGGAGCAACUGUCAGUUACACGAUACCAUCAUCUGCUCCUACUGGGGCAACACCACUUGAUCCUGCACCAGUGGGAGUUUCAUUCGAAUUCUUCGCCUUCCCAUCUUACUUCACGAAUGUGACGGCGACGAAUCAAUGCCUCAAGAACUUCCAGGAAAGGACAGGGACAUGGCCACCGAUCCGAAUCGGAGGAACCACACAGGAUCGGGCGAAAUAUGAUGCUUCAACAUCUGCAUAUGUAGUGUAUUCUGUGGCUAAUCCCACAGAUGCGCCGGCGAGUCUGACAUUUGGACCCUCUUUUAUGUCUUUAGCUGCGACUUAUCCUGGGACCGUGGUAGUUGGACUCAAUCGUGGGAAGGAUAAUAUUGCAAACACCAUUGCUGCUGCAAAAGUAGCAAAAGACAGAAUGAAGAAUCUCCUUGCAAUCGAGCUCGGAAACGAACCAGAAUACUACACCAAAGACGGGCAACCCAUCGCCAUCAAAGCUGGCACGUGGAACCCUGCCACCGACGCCGCCUCCCAAAACAACUGGAUUCUCUCAGUCGGCACAUCACUCAACACCAAAAACCUCAUCCAAGCCGGAAACCACAACGAUGCGCCUCCCAAAUGGGGUGCUCAAGAACUAAUCGCCACGCAGAACAGCACCGUCAAAUCCUACGUCCACAAUUACGCGCACCACAAUUACCCCGGCGGCAGCGUCUCCGGUCUAAUGUCUCACGCCGGCAUCUCGUCUAACAUCGCAAUUUUCAAAUCUGACAUAGCUGCCGCUGCUUCAGUCGGGAAGGAAUACGUCCUUGGAGAGACGAACUCCGUGUCUGGUGGUGGCGCGAAGGAUGUCAGUCCGCUUUUUGGCGCUGCACUUUGGACAAUGGAUUACGUUCUGCGCGCAUCGAACGCCGGUAUCAAACGCACGUAUUUCCACCAUGGGACCGUGGGAUUGUGCUAUUACUGUUGGUGGGGGCGGUAUAGUAUGGGAGCGCCGUACUACGGUGCAUACGCUGCUACGGAGGCGAUGGCAGGUGGGAAAUACAUCUCUGCUCUUGAUGCGGGGACGACGAACUAUGCGGUGUAUGCUAUCUAUGAUGGGGCGAGGAAGCCGGUUAAGAUUGUGCUGUAUAAUUCGGAUUAUUAUUCGGGGAGUGGGACGAGAGGAAGUCAGACUUUUGUGUUGGAUGGGCUAGUUGGGAGCAGUACUACGGUGAAGGGGAGGAGAUUGACGGCUGCGAGUGCGAGUACGAGGGUUGAUACGGGGGGUGUGGUUACGUUUGGGGGAAAGACUUUUGGGCAGGGGACGUGUGUUCAGGGUGGGAGUGACGUGGUGGAGAGUGUGAGUGUGGUGGGUGGGAAGGCAAGAUUUACGGUGCUGGCUUCGGAGGCGCUGGUGUUGUAUUUACAGUGA